GCGGCAACGAUCGAUCUUUGCGCCUUGACCAUGGCCGAGUACGAGAAGACCUUUAGCGACCCGAGCGACUACUUCCACCCGUGUCCAGCGCUCACGGACAUCUACGCCUUCAAGGUAGAUCGCACCAAGCACGACGUCUACUGCAGCAACGUCUACUGCUACGGCCUCUUCACGGUGCUGAACUCGUGGAUGGUCAACGCCGCCAAGGCGAGCACGCCGUACUCGUGCCUCUUUCUCGACACGAGCACGAAUAACAAGGUGCCGAUAUCGACCAUGAACUGCACGAACGGGGCCCCGACGCCAACGUUUACAACCUGGCUGCCGUCGACUGCGACUGCCACGCCCGGGUCCACCAGUGCCUCGGCCACGCCGCAAGUCAUUUUCCAAAACCAAACAACAGAGGCAUCCAACAACAGCUUGUGGCUCGCUAUUGUCGGCUGCACCAUCGCAGUGGCGCUCAUCGGCGCCUACGUCGUGUACCGACUCCGCCGACAACAGCGCCCGCAAGGAGCUGGCGACGAGUUUCACCUAUUGGAAGCGACGCCGGCCAAGACGGGCUCUACGAAGAACACGCAAGCAUCGUCAGCCGAUGAAGUGGAUGGGCUAGACGCGCUGCAGCUCUGGCGCCUCGAUACGCGCGAAGUGACGCUCGAGCGCAAGCUGGCCGAAGGCGCCUUUGGCGAAGUCUGGUAUGGCACCUACAUGGACGAGCCCGUCGCGGUCAAGACGCUUCUCAAGACGACCGCCGCGACCGUCCAUGCCUUCUUGGCCGAGAUCCAGCUCGUGGCCAAGAUGGACUGCGACCACAUCGUUCGCUUCAUUGGCGUCAGCUACAAGCGUCUCGCCGACGUCCAGCUUAUCACCGAGUUUAUGGACCGCGGCGACCUCCGCACCGCGCUCGUGGCAACGACGGUGAAUGCGUACCCGUGGGUAGAGAAGCUUUCGGUCGCCCUUGCGAUUGCUGACGCGCUUGUCUACCUGCAUCUUCUUGACCCCAAGGUCGUCCACCGCGAUCUCAAGUCCCGCAACAUCCUCUUGGACACUGUCAAAGGCGCAAAGCUCACCGACUUUGGCAUCUCGCGCGAGCAGUGGGACGAUGAGACCAUGACCAUCGGCGUCGGCACGUACCGCUGGAUGGCGCCCGAGGUCCUCACUGACGGUCACUACUCGACGGCCGCGGACAUGUACUCGUUCGGCGUCAUCUGCACCGAGCUCGACACGCACGCGCUACCGUACGCGGACAAAUGCACGCCGGCUGGCAACCCGCUCACGGAGAGUGUGAUCAUGGCCAAGGUCAUGGCCGGCGAGCUACGGCCGUCCUUCCGCGACGCUUGUCCCGACUGGUUCCGCGCACUCGGAGCUUCGUGCAUGGACGCCGACCCGACAGUGCGUCCGACAGCGAUGGAGGUGGCGUAUGCCCUCCGUGUGGAACUGCGGCGCGCUGGCGACGACACGGUGUAGACAGUUUUGUCGUGUACAGUAUCAUAUAUGUGUUCUGCGUCAUUUCUGAUGGC